UGCAGUUGGGAGGGGAUAACGGAACAACAAAAAAAACGUAAAGAGACAGAGAGAAAGACUGAGCGAGGACGGCAAGCGAAAAAGCAGAAAGAAAGAGUAAGCCAGGGUGGGUGGAGGAGAUGGAAUAGAAUGUGACUGUGCGUGUGUGUGUGUGUGUGUGUGUGUGUGUGUGUGUGUUACUGGGGAAGAAAAACAGGGACGUGGAGACUAAAAAAGGGAGCGAAAGUGGGUAGGGCUGAUAUAAAAGGGUCACGUGAUCUAGCAGCACACUGAGCUCUAGGAUUUCUUGCUCCUCUUCCCUUCCGCUCCCUCCGUUUUUGGCCCGUGCAGGCCAGGGAAUGUCCCGACGGCGCCAUGCCUUACGUGGACCGGCAGAACCGCAUCUGUGGCUUCCUGGACAUCGAGGAGAACGAGAGCAGUGGCAAGUUCCUGCGACGCUACUUCAUACUGGACACGCAGCAGGGGAGCCUGGUGUGGUUCAUGGACAACCCACAGAAUCUUCCAGUGGGUGCGGACUGCGUUGGCUCCCUGAAGCUCACUUACAUUUCUAAGGUCAGCGAUGCCACUAAGCUGAGGCCAAAGGCGGAGUUCUGCUUUGUCAUCAAUGCCGGGAUGAGGAAGUACUUCCUGCAGGCCAAUGAUCAGCAGGACCUGGUGGACUGGGUCAACGCUCUCAAUAAAGCCACUAAGAUCACGGUUCCAAAAGUAUCCGACGGCCAGCAGAACUCCGAGAACCACAAGUCUUUGCUGGACACGGUAGGGCCCAAGAAGCAAGUGUCCUAUAAGACGGAGAUCAUAGGAGGGGUUCCCAUUGUGACCCAGACACAGCAUGAAGGCGGCGACGGUACAGACAGAACGGAGCGGGAGGCCAUGCACCGCUCGCACAGCCAGCUGCCGUACUUCCUGGGUAGGCCGGCCCAGGACCACACGGUCAUCAAGUCGGGCUACUGCGUCAAGCAAGGCGCUGUGAUGAGGAACUGGAAACGACGGUAUUUCCUUCUGGAGGAAAACUCAAUGAGCUACUUCAAGUCCGAUCUGGAGAAAGAGCCGCUGAGGAUGAUCCCGCUGAAAGAGGUUCACAAAGUGCAGGAGUGCAAACAGAGCGACAUCAUGAUGCGUGACAAUCUCUUCGAAGUCGUCACAACAUCGAGGACAUUUUACAUCCAGGCCGACAGUCCAGAGGAGAUGCACAGCUGGAUCAAGGCCGUAUCGGGGGCCAUCGUGGCCCAGCGUGGGCCUGGGAGGUCCGCUGCCACAGAGCACAGCGGCCGCUCCACAUUCUACCGCAGCUCCGCGGGGCCCCCCGUCCCUCGCUCGCCCGUAUCCGCCCUGCCACCCUGUCAGCCAGAGCGGGGGUCCGCCGUCGCGUGCGGCCCAUGCCCGCAGCCUGGCCUGGGACAGCGAGCACUUCAUGAGCCUGCUGCCCCAGCCUACUCGCAGCCGCACACCGGCGCGCCUCUCCCUGCAGGAGGCCCGCCUGGCAAAGUGAGCGCCGACGCCCAGGAGGAGCAGGAGGAGGAGGAGGAGUCACCGUGGCGCCGGCGGAGCACCUUUGAGCCGUACGCGCCCGAGCAACCCUUGGAUUUGGAUGACGCCGACCUGCCAGUGAGCGAGGUCUGAACUGGACUUGCAUUGGAAAAUAUGGGACAUACACACACACACAGAGGAAGCUUUGCUGGACUUUGAAGCUCCUUGGCCGGUGCUGUCGGUGCUAACAACAAAAAAAAAGUUGGGUCAUCCACUGAACUGUGCUUGUGUGCCAAAGACGACCCAGUCUUCUCCACCCUCUCAUUUAUGGCGACUAAUGCGACUAUUCACGGUGACGUCUCACAACUUCCUCUUGCUUUCACUUCACCUCUGCUUGCUUUAUCAACACAUUUGGUAAGACUAAAUAACAAUGAUUAGAGUUUGCGUCAAAAGUCACUGUUGAUGUACUACACCGCUGAUGCCAAAGUGUCCCUUUUAUACCACAACUCGGAAAGAAUGACUCCCAGAGCCAUACGCAGCAUUUUGGAUGCAUCCAGUAGAAGAAGCAUAACGUGUUCCAUACAGCGACAUGAUAGUUUGAGAGAAUAGCUGCUGCCAGUAUCGGCAACGAAUUGCUGGAUGAUAUCAGAUAUCGGUAAGAAAACCAAUAUGGAGCACUUGUAGUUUUGUCCCUUUUGCCACUUGUCUCAGCUACAUUCUCUGCUCACUUUACACUUGAUUAUUCAUUGGUUUGCAUCUUUGAGCGAAUACAGAUAGCGGAAGUGAAGGGAAGGCAGAAGUGUUGUGACGUCACCGUGGACAGACCGCUUUGACCACUAAGUGCCGAGAAUAAAAGGGAGCGUUUAGGGAUCAUGUCUCAAAAAAAAAAAAGGAAUGGACUUGGCGUCUCUCUGCUAAAUAAGCUGUAUGGUUCUUACACUCGACACUGGAUUUAACUCUUUUGUUUUGUUUGCCAGUGUUUUCAUUGUCACUCAUAGAUGAUGGACAGGUUCAGGACCACCUGCAACUAAGCAUAAUAUAAAUUGUGUGUGUGUGUGUGUGUGUGUGUGUGUGUGUGUGUGUGUGUGUGUGUGUGUGUGUGUGUUACAGCCAUGUUGGAUUUUCCAACAGUCCCAGUCACAUGUUCGUAUUGUUUAAAGCGCACUCAGAGCCUCCGCGGUACAAACUUCACAAGCUUGUCGUUUGCUGUAUUACUUCUUAAAAACAUCUUUUAAAAUGGACAACAAAAUCAGACACUCCUGCUAUGUUUGAAUGCUUUUACUUUAAAGUAGCGAUGGGCGUCAUAAAUCCAUUGUGUUAAUGAAUUGAUAGUUUAGAAAUGUGUUGAUUUGUGUGGAAUUGCAUCCAUUCGUGCAGCUACUGCUUACCCUGUUGAAGAGUUGAGGCCAAAUUAGAGUGCAUCAUUCUGCAGCGGCGCUGUUGAGUGAAUCUCAGCCGCUUUGCUGUCUAAAUAGGUAGCACAAGACAUCAGCUAUGUGAUUGGGUACAUAAUUGUCUAAACAAAACGUUUAUUGCAAGGAUUUGUAUGCUCAACCCUACUCACCACUUUUAGAUUCGCUGUGUGUGUGUGUUUCGUGUCGUGUUUGCAGACUAGAGUGAUUUUUUUUCUUUUUUUUUUUUUAUGUGUAUAGUAUCUGUAUGCUUCCUUGCAGAUGUGUUCCAGUAACAGGCAGCUGCCUCCAUCCCCACCUUCCCGCACUCUAGUCCUGCCUGCCAAACAAAUGUACAGUACUCACACAAAAAGCCCUGAUUUACUUCACAUCAAAGCUAUUUUAACCCCAACCCCUUCCAGUCUAAUCUGGUGUAAUUGCUUUGAGAAUUGUCUUAUUUAUUCUGUGGAUGAAAUAAACACACUUGAAAAUGUC